AUGGACGACAUGGAUGCCAAUGAUUUCAUUGAGAUUGAUGGCUCGUAUCUGGAGGGAGGUGGACAGGCGCUCCGCAACGCUCUUAGCCUUAGCUGCAUCCUGGGUAAGCCAGUGCGUGUCAUCAAGAUCCGUGCCAAUCGCCCCAAGCCUGGGCUAUCGCACCAGCAUCUCCACGGCGUGAAUCUGCUGAGGGACAUCGCCAAUGCGGAUGUGGUGGGCAACUCGCUGUUCUCCACCCAUUUGGAGUUCUCGCCGCGCACCAUACGCGGCGAUACCUAUCGCGUGGAGACCAGAACUGCGGCCAGCAUAACUCUCAUCUAUCAAAUGGCCUUGCCGGUUCUCCUUUACGCCGCACGUUCAUCUCGUUUGGACGCCACCGGGGGCACCAAUGUCUCGUUCGCCCCCCAGGUGGAGUAUAUGCAGCAAGUGCUGCUGCCCAAUCUAAAGCGCUUUGGCAUUCAUUUUGAGAUGAAGAUCCUACACUACGGAUUCUAUCCUCGCGGCAAUGGACGCUGCCUGUUGGAAGUCUUGCCGAUGCGCCGCCUGGAUCCCGGACAGUUCCUGGACUUUGGCGAGCUGCAGAUGGUGGAGGGAUUUGCUUUUUGCGCCGGAAGGCUGCCAAAGAGCAUUGCCCUGGACAUGCAGCAGACGGCUCAGCGCGAAAUACAUCGCUUGUGGCCGCAUCAGGACUGCAGCAUCGAGGUGGUGAAGCAUACUCCGGAUAAGGCACGCGACAAUGGUGCCGGGAUCAUCAUGACUGCUCGCACCUCAACCGGAUGCAUUCUGGGUGCCGCUACUCUCGGAGAGAAGAAGAUCGAUGGCCAUGUUCUGGGCUCGGACGCUUCGUGCCAGUUGGCCGAAUAUGUGCGCAAGGAGAUCUGCGUGGAUGCGCACUUGCAGGAUCAGCUAAUCAUCUACAUGUGCCUGGCCAACGGCUAUUCCCGUAUGCGUACUGGCCCUCUGACCAAGCAUACUCGCACCGCCAUCCAUGUGGCUGAGAAGAUGACCGGAGUGAAGUUCGAGGUGGAGGUGGAGCCUUCUGGCCAGACGCUGGUGCGUUGCAACGGCCUGGGCUAUCCCAACGGAUAUCUACUAUAAGAUAUUGUACGCUACUAUUAAUGUUUACAUUUAUUUAUAAAGAAUAAACCGCAGAGAGAUGCAA